AUGGCCUCUGAAGAAAGGACAUUGAUUGAGCAGACAUCGAACCCACCCGCGCUCUCCGCUCGUAGCCAUAAAACCCAUGCACUUUCGUGGCUAUGGAGUCGACAGCAUCACACAACAUCACACGAAGAUGAUGAUGGAAGCAUUCCCUCGUACGUCCUGUUGCCUUUGGCUUCGGAAGUGUCAAACGUUGCAGCACCAGCUGUGCAAGCCGAGGCAGCAAGAGAAGGCGGCGACACUGCAUCCCAGCCUUGUGGAAUAUCCAUGCUUGUUACACCCCCGACCACAUUGCCCGCAGCAGUAGGAUCCUCCACAGCGGAAGUAGAAACAGCGGCAGGGGACCCACGAGCGGUAGCAGGGGCCGCACAGGCCAGCUUUCUAUCCAUAGGGUUUCCCCUUGUCGCUGACACAGCAACUCCAGAGACACGCGGGAGGUGGCUUGCUGCUUACCUCGCUGCUGCCCCCGUGGGCUUCGCUGUUGGAUCAGCAGCAGCAGCAGCAGCAGCAGCAAGCGUCGCCGGCUGGUACUCUUCAUUCGUGUUUUUGGGACUUGGAGGCGUUGUUCUUUUGCCGCUCUGCGCUGUACUGCAUCGCAGGCAGCAGCAGCAGCGGGAAAGGGUAGACGUAUUAGGGCUGGAGUUAAUAGGAACGACGACACCACUUCCAGAGAAUGACGCCGAAAGAGAAGGCCUUCAGGAGGAGGCCCCGAGCCAGGAGGGGGCUUGUCGAAUUGACAGCGAUGGGCAAGGAUUUCGAGAUCAGAUGCGAAUUUUACUGUCUUCUAUGCCUUUCGGGUGCCUGUGCUGCGCUUAUGCAAUAUACGCAGCUGUGCUGCAGGGCGCAGGAACAUUUCUCCCGUCGAUUUCUCUGGGUUUAUCAUUCUUUUCUUCUGAAUUAAGGGCAGCAUCUAUCAUUGGCACCACUGCAGCCGGUGCAGGGUUCUGCGGGACUCUAUUGGGCGGCUGGUUAGCCGAGGCACUGGAGAAAAGUGCGGUCUCCGAUUCUCUUGUGUCUCUUUGUGAGGCCGCUCGGCGCGUACCAGAACCAGCAAUAGCAGCGGGAAUAACGGAAACGACAGGAGCGUCAACCUCUGUAGCGGCACCUGGCCACUUUCCAGCAGCCACGCAAAGUACAGCCCCAAGCUCCCUCAAAGAUUCUAUUACUUUAGCCACACACUUCGCGGUAGAGCAGCAAGAACACCAGCAGCACUAUAAAGAGCAACCGGAAACGCCGCAUGACCAACCACAAGGGAGAUCGGUGGGCGUUGCUGGCAGCCAAAAAGUACUACUACUCGGUGAAAAUGGCACUGACACCGCAGAAGGACGGCAUUCAAUCCCAGACAUCUCAAAUGAAGCAAGAGUAGAACCAGCUGCUAAAGAUUGUACAAGCCUUGGGUCGCACGACGCGGACUUUGCAUUCUAUACGGAAGAGCACCGCAGGCUGCGGUGGCUCUGUAAACUCUGUGGUGGUGCGGGUAUCACCACAGCAGCAGCUCUUGUCUUUUUGGUCGCUGCUUGCUACUUCGUUUGUUUGUUCCUCGCCAUUGUUCAUUCCGUUCCUCCCCAAAGCCGCUAUUUUGCGAACGCCAUCUGCAUAUGCUGCAUGCAUGCAUUUGGGGAUGUACCAUCUCCGUUUUUCUUUGGUUGGCUGAAGGAUAUGCUUGCUCCAGCAUGCUCCCAGCUGGACCCUGAAGGAGAGGCCACUCUGGAAUGCACGAAGGAAAGUGGUGGUCUGCGUCUCACGUUGUUGUGUAUGUAUGCUCCAACGGCUCUGAUGGCUUUGUCCAUUUUUGCCGCCAGAGCAAAGGGGGAAACACUGCUACAACGAAGGCAGCGCCAGAAACAAGAAUGUCGAAACAAAUGCUUACUUUCAUCUUUGGUGCUUGGAAGGUUUCCGGUUAUGUGUGCUGUCUUUUUCAAAUGA